GUUGACGUCAUAUUCGAGGGACGACGUUGUGUAAGCACAAGCUAGCGGUAUAUGUAAGCUCUUCGUUCUAGUCUUAUGAAUAAAUACAUAACACGUUGACGAUGUUGGCUGUUAAGGGCGCCGGCACUGUCAUAUCCGCACUUCGGAUUCUGUUCAGGAAUCAGACUGUCGUCCUUGCGCAGUCGUGGAGGUGUUUAUCCACGCAAACUGAUGGAGAAGUUCGCAUCAUAAAGGUACUAAAGGAGAAAUUCCCCCAGGCGUCGUCGCUCAAAGUUGUGGAUAUAUCAGGCGGCUGUGGGGCCAUGUAUGAGGUCUACAUAGAGUCCAGUGAAUUCAAAGGCAAGAGAACGAUUCAGCAACACCAACUUGUUAAUCAGGCACUGAAGGAAGAGAUUCAAGGAAUGCAUGGACUGAGAAUAUUCACAGAUAUUCCAAAACAGUAAUACACAAAUUCCCCUACUACUGCAAAAAUAAUUCCAGUGUUCAUCAUAUUUACCAUAAAUCAACAAUGUGUAAGUAGAUGUUUUGUAGCUAAACAAAUAAAUGUGAAAUGCAUACAAUAUUGCAAAACAAUCUGUGAACACAUACAGUACACACAAAAUGAUACAUGGUCCUGCAGUUGUAUCAUAUUGCCAUGGUGCCUGAGACUGUGAGCCAAAUGUAUCCCGUAAUGUCCCAACAUAGUUUAUGUAUUGCACACGAAUCUGUCUGCACACUGCACAUAGUGGAAUAGUGUAUUUAUGCAAUGCCAGCACUAGUCAUACUAUGUAAUAAUGUAUAAGCCACUUUUACUUGACUCGCUCUAUUAAAAUAUUUUGUAUUACAAGAAUAUUUCUACACUUAUCUUUGUAAAGAAAAAUACUACAUGAAAUAAAAGAUGAAAGCAAGCUUGAA